CUGGGCGCGUGCUGGCGCUGGGCAGUAGGGCUCGCGCUGGUGCUGGGCAGUGGGGCGCACGUGGGCGCUGGGCAGCGGGGCGAGUGCUGGUGCAGGGCAGCGGGGCACGCGCGGACGCAGGGCAGCGGGGCGCGCGCUGGCUCUGGGCAGCAGAGUGCUCGCUGGUGCUGGGCAGCGGGGCGCGCGCGGGCGCUGUGCAGCGGGACACGCAUGGGCGAUGAGCAGCGGGGCGCGCGCUGGCGCUGUGCAGCGGGGCGCGCGCUGGCGCUGGGGAGCGGGGCACGCACAUGCGCUGGGCAGCGAGGCACGCGCGGUUAUGGGGCAGCAGGGCGCGCACAGGCGCUGGGCAGCGGGGCAAGGCAGUGCGCGCCAUCGGAGAGCGGGGCACCAGGGGAUGGGGUAGAUGGAUCAAUGGGGAGUGAUGGUGGUGCCACUAGUGCUAGCAACUAUGGUGCUAGUGAUGGUUAUGCUCCAUGA